CCGAAGUCAAUAACAGCGGCAGAAAUCAGAAAAUUCGCUAUGUUUCGCCGCGUCGUUGUCCUGGCGCUUUGCAUUUUCCUCCUCGCUGCUGUUUCGACCAAGGAUGCGAAGAAUUCGAAGGAGUGCUCUAAGAAUGAAGUGUGGUCGUGGUGCGGAAGAAGGUGCGAGCCGACUUGCAAAGUUCCAAUACCCACUGAGGAAACCUGUCCCGAGCUUACAUGCAGUCCUCUAAAGGCAGCCUGCAGAUGCAAAGAGGGUUACGUGAGGAACGAGCAGAAAGCCUGUAUUCAGCUCACUAAAUGUAAAAAGUGAAGAUUAACAGUCACUAAUUCAGUUUCUAGAAGAAAUUGCAGCCAUGAAUCACAAGAAAUCCAAAAUGAAAUAGAUUCCUUAAAAAAAAAAGAUGCAUCAUUUAGUACGCCUUAACGUAGAAUCUAAGAAGACAUUAUUAUCCUCAUUCAGAUUUGAAUUGGAGAUAACUGUAAGGCGGGUUCUUAAGAAAUAAAUGUGAUCUAGUGGCAAAACCAAUUACUUUCUACUGCAACUGACUUCUAUCCCUUAUAUAUCAAGCGUCCGAAGCAAUAUACUUCAACUAAUCGCGACACAAAAUGCGAUACGCUUCGCACGGGGUCACAGGAAACGAGUUCUACUACAAACUCGUGCACAGAUACCAAUCAGCAUUCUACAAAACCGGACUUCAUUCUCACCGCAGCAACUUCCACGAAGAGAAUUCUAAAUGAAAGCUCGAGAGCGUGACUCCCACACACGGGAGAGCAACUCGAAUCCACGCUUCUUCCGGCGGGCGUUGAAUCGUUCGGCGAAUUUCAAAAUGGGGUCAGCGCGCAACAAUACCUCGAUAAAAGGAAGUCGAUUUCGCUGGUUCAGACAGCUUCUUCGAUCGGAGCGACACAAGACGAUCCGAAUCUCUCAUCGAUCUUUGUAUAC